GUCUACUGGACACCCCUCUGCUGACAAGGAAUAAAAUACAGCAGCGGAAAAUGCUGGCUGCUCCUCCCGCCGCCUCCAUCCGUGCCCUCGCCUUCCACCGCCGCCUCCCACUUCCCCACCCCUUGCUCCUCCCGCCGCGGUCGCCUCCCCGCCUGGGCCCCGCCCCCGCGCGCUCCCUCAUGGCCUUCUCCGCCGAGCCGGCGGGCGAAGAGAAGGCGGAAGCGGAGGAGGAAGCCCUCCCCGCCACCGCCGCCGGCGUUGUGGCCGGGGACGGGAGCGAGGUGAGCACGGAGGAAUGGCGGCGCUGGGGCACAUCCUCACCGCUCCCCGCCACGGUGUCCGCCGUCGUCCGCGAGCUGCUCGAGAUGGAGGCCGCCGCCGGGGAGAAGAUGCGCUUCGGCGGCGUCGGCUCCAAGCUAAAGGGUGAUUUCAAAGACAUGGAGGACAAGAAGCACAGGGCUGUCUACGAGACGCUUGCUGAUUCCGACAAGAAGCUGCAGUAUUUCUCCGCUCGGCAGAUCGGUUGCCGUUUGCUAGGCAGUAGAGGGUAUCUGUGCCAGAAGUGUUGGCUACCAAUGGAAGACUGUAUGUGCACAAAGCUUCUUCCUUGCAAUCUUUGGAGGGGGAUGAAAUUCUGGCUCUAUAUGCACCCAAAGGAUUUUUUGCGCCAAAAUAACACCGGGAAGUUACUUUGGCAAGUAUUUGGCAUCCAAGCUGCACAGUUAUGUCUCUUUGGUAUCCAAGAGCAUGAAGAUAUCAUGUGGGAAGCAUUCCAGCGUUCAGGAAAGGCAAAGAUCGCAUUUCUGUAUCCAAACAAGAGUACAAUCCCCAAGUCUGUCAAAGACCUCAAAUUUGAUGGUUUGACCUUGACUUCUGACCUUCAUGAGAGGGCUUCACAAGAUGAACCUUUUAACUUUGUUUUGCUUGAUGGUACCUGGAGCAAUUCUGCUGCACUGUACAGGAGGUUAAAGGAGAGAUGGACUGCAACUUGGGGAGAGGAAGAUAUACCUUGUAUCUCACUAUCUGCGCUGACUGCUUCAGUGAUGCAUAAACUACGACCUCAGCCAGCAUGGGAUCGUACCUGCACUGCAGCAGCUGCAGCUGGUCUCCUCUGGGAAUUGCAUAUGCGUCCUGAUCUCAGUGCGUUUGAGUUGGAAAAGCAAGCUGAGGCAGUGGAAUGCUCAUUGGAUAUCUUGUUAGAUGCUCUCACUGCCCGACGGGUUCGCCUGGGCCGAUCUAUAACUCGAAAAGAGAGACAUAAUAGGAACUGCAUAUAGUGAAAGAAGAACUUGAUAGCAGAGGAAAACAUGAUAUGCCUGGAAGGCUGAGUUCACUCUUUUUGUUGAAUUGGACAGCUGAUCAGAUAGUUAAAGCGCUUUUUCUUUCCUUUUUAGGUCACUACUUCUUCACUUCAUUGUUGUACCUUUUUUGUUAUGGUAGCUGAUGUGAGAUGUUACUGCUAAAGCGUGAAGAAUGUUCUUUUUGGCAACAAACUGAUACGAAAACUACACCUAUAUGUAUGUAGCUGUCCUGUGAUAUUAGAAGCAGACUGAAAGGACAAGUGCAAAGGUUGGCACAGAUGUGUAUUAUUGGCGCUUGGAGGCUGUUCCGAGAAGUAUGAAGUCAGCGUUGCAGAAUUAACUUAUAUGAGCUUUGUUCAGGAUGAGAUCGUGGGUAAAAAUUUGCAGUUUCAAAUUGUGUGAGGUGUAUAAGUUUUCCUUCUCAUUUUGCUGCACAUCUACAGCGUUACAGCCAUUCAUUAUCGUUUGGAUUGAGGUCUUAAAUGCAAGUUCAAGGCCGUAUGAUCCUGAGCUGCAGGACAUGCAGUCUGCUUAUCUGCACAUCA